UGCACCGGUCACAGGUUUGGUUCAGAGCAUAGUUCAGAGUCUAUCAGUGACGAUAACGUCGCUGCUUUCACUCCCGCGGUCUUCACACGUUGUCACACAAGCUGUCGCCGGUUUGACGGACAACCUCAGAACUUUGAAGCGUUGUUUUGCCACAGGAACACGCUGCGCCUGCGCCCUGAACCGACGGGUUUUUUCCCCCUCAGCGUGAGGUAUUUUGCUUUGCUUUACAGUCAGCAGCUGCUGGAAGCAGCAAAUGCGCAGACAUGCAGAGUGGCACAUCUGAGAGAUGAUCCACACCGUUAAAGACGAAGCCACAAUCCCGGCUCGUGUGACGUGCUGUCGUUUUUAUGUGUGCGAGUGGAUUUGACUUCAUGUGGAAGACGCUUUCUCCUCGCAUGCAUUUUGAAUGAUCUUCCACAGCCCGGUCCACGCACUGAGAUGAUCUAUUUUUGUGAUGGCGAAGGGUCUGUUUCCACGGGCCUGGGUGAAAAAGUCCUUCUAUUUCCAGGCUCGGAUCUCAUUUGUCCGUGUGAAGUACCUGUUCCUUACGUGGCUGACUGUGCUGGUGGGGAGUUGGGUGCUUUAUGUGCAGUACUCUGCCUACACAGAGCUGUGCAGAGGAUAUGAGUGCAAGAAAGCCAUUUGUGAUAAAUACAGGAGGGGAAUCAUCGAUGGCUCUGCCUGCAGCAGUCUGUGUGACAAAGGCACUCUCUACAUGAGCAGGUGUCUGUCACUGCUGCCAAACAACCAGGUUUACACAGGCAGCUGGGGAGACCAUGAUGGGAUCAUCCACUGUAACCUGGGGGAGGUUGUUCAUUAUGAGCUGGGUGAAGAGCCAGAGCCUCGGAGGGAGACCUCUGUGUUUGACAAGCCCACAAGAGGCACAUCAGUAGAAAAGUUUAGAGAAAUGGUCUUCAACCACCUCAAGUCUAAACUUGGGGAGCAGGCUAAUCUGGCCAACCUCGUCAGCCAGAUCCUGUCUGUCGCUGACGGCAACAGAGAUGGACGGGUGUCACUGCCAGAAGCUCGCUCCAUGUGGGCCCUCUUGCAGAUGGAUGAGGUGCUGCUGGGUCUGCUGCUCCAGGACCGUGGACACACUCCUCGGCUCCUCGGCUACUGCGGGGACCUGUACAUGACAGAGCGAGUCCACUAUGGGCCCCUGUAUGGUUUGUCUCUACCAUGGCCACUGGUGUCCUGGGUGCCAAGCAGUUUGCAACGCACCAUGGACCAGUGGUUCACCCCCUCUUGGCCUCGCAAAGCAAAGAUCUCCAUGGGUUUACUGGAGCUGGUGGAGGACAUCUUCCACGGCACCUACGGCAGCUUCCUCAUCUGUGACCUCACCGCGGCACACUUUGGUUACACUGACCGCCACGAGCUCCGUCUUACCAACACCCGAGCAGUCGUGUCUGAAGACGAGUUCAAACGCGCCAUGCGUGUGCUGAAGUGCGAGACAGAUGCUGACUGCGUGUAUGGGGUGGACUGCAGAACAUCAUGUGACGUGACGGAGAAAAGGUGCAGGGAGGAGCCCGUCCAGCCAAACUUGGCAAAAGCAUGCAGUGCACUGAAGGACUACAUCCUGCGUGGGGCACCAUCAUCAAUGAGAGAGGAACUGGAGAGGCAGCUGUAUGCCUGUAUGGCUCUCAAAGGUAAUGCUGGACAGAUGAACAUGGAGCACUCACUCAUCCUCAAUAAUCUGAAAGCUCUGCUGUGGAAACAGAUCUCGCACACCAAGGACUCGUGACAAGAAGAAAUGAGUCCUGUCGGUUUCACACAUGGAGCCGAGUAUUACACAUGCUGUGAUGUAAAAGUAGCAAAUUUAUGACGUCAUUUUUAUUAACUCUUUAAACCUAAGGAUGAACUGACUGAUGGAGACUCUACCUCCUUGAUCUUCCGGGCAAUUAGUGCCUGGAAAACAUGAAGUAUGUCUAAGUGAAAUAAACGUAAUGAUAGCAUGUCACCAGUCACCUAAAAAAAGGGGCACUGCUGGAAAAAACAGAAUGCUGUUGUUUCAUCACAAGAGCUGAGGGAUUAAAUUGCUGUUUUUGCCACAUUAUCUAAAAUUGAUUCCAUCAAAAUCAUUGUACAAAAGCUACAAUGUGAAGUGUACUGAAAUUGCACUACAUUAAGUUAUGUUCCUUAACUGUGUUGUGUUGACAUUUCUAUUAGUAGUAAUAGUAUGUUGGUUUUUUUUAACAAAUCCAUGAGACCAAACUCGCAGUACAUUAUAUUUUUUCCAAUACUUGACUUUUACUACACUCUGUUAACACUGACACUUAAGCACACCAGUUCUCCUUCAAUGCAUUAAUGGGAAAAUUAAAAACCAUCACCUCCAUACUUGACAAUAUAGUACAGAAGUUUUUUUUUGGAAGGGCCAUAUGGUUGAUGUAGUGGUUAGCACAU